AAAGCAUUCUUAAUAGAUCAAAACAUGUCUGGACGAGGAAAUUUAUUACAUCUUUUUAAAAAGAAUGUGGGAUCUUCUGAAAUAUCUUUCUCAAGUGGAGAACAAACUAAAGAUAGUGGAUUGGACCCCGACCACUCUUUAUCAAGCGACGAUUAUCGAGGAGAGAUUAAUAAUAUUAAUUUAUCGGUACACAAACCAAAAUUUUCGAUUGACGGGGCACAGAACGUGCUAUCGCAUAAAAGCUUAAAUACUGCUCAUCUAAUGAAAAAUGCAUCAAAUUCCGAAAAUUUAAGUGAAGCUGAAACCAAUAAAGUAGGAAAUAUUAGAAAUACACAUAUCACAUUUUGUGAUGAUGACGAUGAAAUGAGUAUAAAAAACAAUUUAUUUUAUCCUACCACAACAAGUGGCUCAAAAGGGUCGUCCGUGAAUCUGUCAUCUAACUAUAUUAGACUGGAAUCUGACCCAAAUAAGGGCGUAUAUGUUUAUGAAGUACGUUUUAAUCCUUCUAUUGACUCCGUUCAUUUAAGAAUGAAAUACUUGAACGAACACAAAGAAAAGAUUGGAGGUACUACAACAUUUGAUGGUACGACUCUUUAUCUACCGAUUAAACUUGAAAAUGAAUUAACAACUUUUCUUUCAAAGAGUAUAAACAACACUGAAAUUGAACUGCGAAUUCUAUUUAAAAAAAAGGAGUCACUUAAAAAUUGCAUUCAACUAUAUAAUAUUUUAUUUGAUAGAGUUAUGAGAACAUUAAAUUUUGUCAAAUUUGAUCGAAAACAAUUUGACCCGUCAAAUCCUAAAGUUAUUCCUUCCGCUAAGCUUGAAGUCUGGCCAGGCUAUGUAACAGCAGUUGACGAAUUUGACGGAGGUCUGAUGCUGUGCUGUGAUGUAUCUCAUCGUUUACUCAGUCAAAAGACAGUACUGGAAAUGCUUAUUGAAAUAUAUCGACAGGAUAAAAGCAAAUAUCAAGAAAGUGCUAAAAAGGUUCUUCUUGGAAAUAUAAUUAUUACGCGUUAUAAUAACAAAAACUAUAGAAUUGAUGAUAUAUAUUUUGAUCAAAAUCCGCUUUCGGAAUUUGAGACAAGUUCGGGAUCUAUAAGCUAUGUGGAUUAUUACCAUAAACAUCACAAUAUAAACAUUAAAGACAUAAAGCAGCCCUUACUUUUGAGUCUAAAAAAACAAAGGGGUAGUGAAACAUUAAUAGCCGAGGAUAUACGAUUUUGUUUGGUUCCGGAGCUAUGCUACCUUACUGGUAUUCGUGACGAAAUCCGAGCGGAUAAUAGACUAAUGCGUGAGAUUGCAACGAUUACAAGAGUUUCGCCAAAUCAGCGAAUGGUUGCGCUUGAAAAAUUCUACAAUAAUGUAUCCAAAACCAGGGCUGCUCGAGAAAUUCUUGAAAAGUGGGGUUUGUCGUUAUUGAAUACUCAUAAUAGUCUAUUAGGCAGAAUUAUGGACUUAGAGAACAUAUAUUUUGCGAAAAAUAUAGUUUGCGCUGGACAGAAAGCUGAAUUUUCAAAAGAUGCACUAAAUAAUGAAAUUUUAAAUAUUGUUCAUAUGAGAAAUUGGAUUCUUAUACAUUUCAAAAAUGAUUCACGAGCUGUAAAAGCACUGAUCGACAAUAUGGACCGCUGUUGUAACGCGUUCGGAAUGCAUGUUUCAAAACCCAAAAUAAUUUCAUUGGAUAAGGAUCGUGCUGAUUUUUUUGUUAAUGCCUUGCGUCGAAAUAUUAACAAGGAUAGUCAAAUUGUGGUUUGCAUUUGUCCCAACAGCAGAGAAGACAGAUAUUCUGCCAUAAAGAAAAUUUGUUGUUCAGAACUGCCUAUACCAUCACAGGUUAUAAAUGCAAGAACUUUGUUUAAUGAAACAAAAAACCGUUCCAUUGUACAAAAAAUUAUUUUACAAAUGAAUUGCAAAAUGGGAGGAUCGCUUUGGAGAGUCAAAAUACCAUUUAAAAAUGUAAUGAUCUGUGGUAUUGAUUCAUAUCAUGACCCGAGCCAGAAAGGAAUUUCCGUUGCAGCAUUUGUGUCAUCAAUGGAUUCUUCAUAUACGCAGUGGUACAGUAAAGCAGUUCUUCAAACUAAACGAGAAGAAAUAGUCAAUGGACUUACUUCAUCUUUUGAAGCGGCACUUAGAUACUACAAAAUUAGAAAUGGGUAUUUUCCAGAAAGUGUUGUAAUAUAUAGAGAUGGUGUUGGAGAUGGACAGCUGAACUUAUGUGCCAAUUAUGAGAUUCCACAAUUUGAUGCAGUUUGUUCCAAUCAUAUAAAUAUUACAUAUAUAAUUGUGCAAAAACGCGUAAAUACUAGGUUCUUCUUGGAAAAUAAAUUGAAUUUUGACAACCCAUUACCAGGCACAGUGGUCGAUAAAUAUAUAACACGAAGAAAAAUGUUCGAUUUUUUCCUGGUUUCACAAAAUGUGGGGCAGGGAACUGUAAGCCCCACGCAUUUUGUUAUAUUACGGGACGAUGCAAAUUAUGGCCCUGAUAUCAUUCAAAAACUUAGCUACAAAUUGUGUUUCCUUUAUUAUAACUGGCCCGGUACUGUACGUGUUCCUGCUUGCUGCAUGUAUGCCCACAAAAUGGCCUAUCUUAUUGGACAAAACGUACAACGCGACACCGCUGAGAGCUUGUUGGACAAACUUUUUUAUUUAUAAAUCAAAAAUAUAUAUAACCGUUUAAGUGUUAACUAAUAAAUAAUACAACAAUAAUCCUAAAA